AUACGAUAUAAUAAGAUCAACAUGUUGCGUUUUAUUUUACUUGUCUGCUGUUUGACAGCUCCCGUCCUCGGUUAUUCUAAAGGGGCACCACGAUCUGCUUGUAGGAAUGGUCUAAUGCCCAGGCAUCGUGCAGAAGCUCAAACCACUGCAGCCCCCUAUAGUUUCUCUGGUGAAAAUUCGGUCAAGUCGGGCCACACAAUUUCACUUAGCCUAAGUGGUGAUAAAUUCUUGGGAUUCAUGAUACAGGCUCAAAAUGCUAAAGAAGAACCUGUUGGUCGCUUUAAAGUCAUUGAAGCUAAUAAAUCUCAACUUUUAAGAUGUGCAGCUGAGGGAGACUCUUUAACACAUGUCCAGUUGCACAAAAAACCUAUUACUAGCGUAGAAUUCGAAUGGCUGGCUCCCGCUGAUUACAAGGGUCCCGUUAUAUUUGUAGCCACAGUUGUCAAAGAUUAUUCUACAUUUUGGGUACGCAAGGUAACCAAAGCUGUUACCGUACAAUAAAUUUUGCAAUUGAUU